CAACGCGAAGAUGAACCGGGAUGUCUUUUUUUAAUAUUAUUUUUUUUGCUUAAGGAUACUCACCCUCUCCAAAAUAUAUAUAAAAUAUGAAUUUCAACCAGAGGAAUUUUGAGGAGACCAUUUAAGGAGAGUAAACUAUUGGAUAUUUCACUUCAUAAAGACACGUCAAGAGAGAGGUCAGAGGUCAUGCAGCACUACGGGGUGAACGGCUACUCCCUGCACGCCAUGAACUCCCUCAGCGCCAUGUACAACCUCCACCAGCAGGCGGCGCAACAGGCCCAGCACGCGCCCGACUACCGGCCGUCGGUGCACGCCCUCACUCUGGCCGAAAGACUGGCUGACAUCAUCCUGGAAGCCCGCUAUGGCUCGCAGCACCGAAAGCAGCGGCGCAGUCGGACGGCGUUCACGGCCCAGCAGCUGGAGGCCCUGGAGAAGACCUUCCAGAAGACCCACUACCCCGACGUGGUCAUGAGAGAGCGCUUGGCCAUGUGCACCAACCUGCCCGAGGCCCGCGUGCAGGUUUGGUUCAAGAACCGGCGGGCCAAGUUCCGCAAGAAGCAGCGCAGCCUGCAGAAGGAGCAGCUCCAGAAGCAGAAAGACGCCUCCGGUGCGACGGAGGCCUCAGCGGAGGACGCCAAGACCGACGUGGCGCCCUCCUCCGCCGUGGCGCCCGACGCCCGCACGCCUCCCCCUCCCUCCUCCUGCCCCUCGGAGACGGAGAGGCUGGCCGCUCGGCCUCAGCCCGGAGAGACGAGCGUGGAAGUCAACGUCACCUCGCCCGAGCCGUCCGACAGCGAGUCGGCGGCCGAGGACAACGUGGAGGAGGAGCGAGUGAGGGCGAGGACCAGGGAUGAGGUGCACCCGGGCAGCAGCUCGCCGUCCUGCAAACCACUCAGCCCGACGUCAGAUUCCCCCCUGAGCUCGCCCGCCCUGCCGUCCUCCAGCAGCGUGACGAGCGGCCUGUCCCACAGCAACUCGUACGCCUCGUCCCCGCUCAGCCUCUUCCGGCUGCAGGAGCAGUUCCGGCAGCACAUGGCGGCCACCAACAACCUGGUGCACUACCCGCCCUUCGACGUGAGCGCGCCGCCGCCGCCGCCGCCCUCCUCCCUGCCUUACUUGGGCAUGAACGUCAACAUGGCGACGCCGCUGGGCUCGCUGCCCUGCCAGUCGUACUACCAGACGCUGUCGCAGGCCCAGCAGGUGUGGAACAGCCCACUCCUGCAGGGGGCGCCGGGCGGCCUUCCGGGUACCCCUAACAGCAAGACCACCAGCAUCGAGAACCUGCGGCUGAGAGCCAAGCAGCACGCGGCCUCGCUGGGAUUGGACACGCUGCCCAACUGAUUCCUGUUCCUGGGACCCCGGCACAAAAACUCAGACGGACUUCUCGGUCUGACUUUCCUCCUGCUGGGAGAACAUCAUGGACAUGAAACCUUGAUCAUGCUUGUGAAUCUUGUUGCCUCCAUUGCUUUUGCUGCAAAAAUACAAAAUACUCUCCAAAUAUGCAUGCAGGCUAGCAAUGUUUACAGACGUAGCGUUGCCAUGGCACCAGCUCAAAAUAAACUAUCGGUCAGUGUAAUCAUCCGAAGCAUCAAUAUGGCUGUUUAAAUUCAAUUGUGGCUUUGAAGUGGGAGUAAAAAAAAUAAUUAGGGUUCCUCCUGCUGCAGGGGUGUCAAACGUAUGGCCCGUGGGCCGGAUCAGCCCCGCAAACAGGUUUUAUCCGGCCCGUGGGAUGAGUUUGCCAAGUUUAAAAAAGAGCAGAAAUUUUUGAAUGAAAGAGACUGCUGUUCUAAAUGUGUCCACUAGAUGUCACAAUAGCAAUUAUUUGUAUCUAUGCAGAUGAUGCUACGUAUGUAAAAAAAUAAAAAUAAACCAGUGGAGGAAAAUGAGCAAACCACAUGAAUAACAUCCUGUAAUUUGAUUUUAAUAUUAUUUUUUUUUAUCUUGGUAGAUUGGAAAUUAACGAGUUGACUUGUGGCAUUAAUGAGUUUCCAUCCAUCCAUUUUCUACCGCGAAGUUAUGAAAUUAAUGAGUUGACUGAUAUCAUUUAUUAAUAGAAUACUAUUAACCGCAACAUGUAAGUGUAAACAAAAACAACAUACUUUUUUAAACAAAGAUAACAAUCUAAAGUUGUCUUUAUUUUUAACUUAUCGUGCCUUGAUUUUAUCAGUCCAACCCACUUGGGAGUAGAUUUUUCUCUAUGUGGCCCCCGAUCUAAAAUGAGUUUGACACCCCUGCCCUACUGGAAUGAAUGUACACGCCAAUCAACUCCUAACAUGUCUUCAGUAGUAAUAUAAGCAUCAAAUAUCUACUGUGUGGACCACUAAAACAGGUGAUAAAAGGGUCGCCAUGGCAACAACGGCAACAACACCCCCUUCCAAUUACAAGCAAGUGUUCUCGCCAAAAUACAACAAGUAAGCAACGGCGGCAUUUUGGGCAGUGGGUGUAUGCAGCCCCUGCUGGAAGAAUGAAAGGCCAACUGUGUAUUAUAUAUCGCUGUAGAUUUAAGAUGUGAGUACAAAGUCAGUAAUUUAUCUGUGAAAUGUAACGGGAAUAAAUCCGAGCCUGACAAGGAUUGGUGUUGUAAAUGGAUUGUACUUGAAUCGCGCUUUUCUACCGUCAAGGCGCUGCUGUAUUGUGGGAAAUCUUCGCCAAUUGCAGCGCUCAGCUUCUUUUUACACUUGCACG